UAGUCUCCCCUCGUGCACUUGGCUUCAUAUACGCAUCGCGAGAGUCUUCAGUCCGUUGGAGCUGUAGAAAGUGCUAGAGUAUUGUGACGUUUAGGUCUGUCCUCCUGAACAACCUUAGAGCGUGUCCUAAGAGUACGUCUCCUGCUCGAAACCCUACCUAACCUUUAAAAAAUAGUACACGAACCAUCUGAAACCGAGAGCAUCUCACCCAACCGCAAUAAAGCAUACGCUUGGGACACGCCCUUAGCGCCAUUGCGGUCGCAAUCAGAGACAGACAUCAGGCGAUCUUUUCCGCUUCUGAGUCGACUACAAAAAUUUAUAGCUAGCACAUUAACUAUGAUCCAGGAGCGCCGAGAAUCCACAAGAAUAUCGGGUCCAUCCAUGUCGCACCCGCAAUCAGCCCCUACAACGAACCCACGGCGGCACUCACCUCGAUGUCGCCGCACUAGGACUACCACCGCCCUCCUUCUUGCCUUCGCCGUCCUCCUCGGUUCCCUCCACGGGUGCUCGUCGUCUCGGACAGUGGUUCUGGCGAGGAAACAGCAUUCACCGCAUUCACCGCAUUCACCGCAUUCACCGCAUUCACCGCAUUCACCGCAUUCAGACUCUGAGCUUUCACAGUAUUUACACCAUUCAGAGCAUCUAGAGCAUUCUGAGCUUUCACAGCAUUUACAAGACCCUCGCCAGCAUUCACAAGACACUCGCAGGGGCUCUCAGGCCCGCGAGACCCCCGGGGCUUCUGAGAUUCGUCAGGAGCAGCUUUUGAAUGUUCGCCGACUCAAAAACGGUUCCGAAACUGACCAGGUGCAGGAGUCGCAGUUGCUAGCGAAUGCGAGUAUUCGUCACGCGGAGGCGCGUUCUCCCGCGCUAGACGCACCUGCGGAUACUGUCAUCCGACCCAUUAUCGCGAGCGUCAUCGGGCGCCCGGACAUGUAUGAAGCUGAUGGGAUGGACCCCAUAUCGCUGAGGGUUAACAACGGUGCUGCUUCCGCGAAUGUGUGGCCUUCGGCCGCCGUGUCGUCGUCGACGUCGUCGCCCGCUUCGUCGUGCGACUUGGGCGACGGCGCGUGGGAGGAGGAACCGGCGUGGCCGCUGUACGAAACGGACGCGUGUCCCCUCGCUCGCGAAACCAGCAAGUGUAGCAAAUACGGCCGGCCGGACAAAGGCUUCGCAAAACUUCGCUGGAAACUCCACGAACGCGUUUCGCCGAGUGGUAACGGGGAUGCAGAAGGCGUUUCGCGAACUGGUUCGUGCAGUGGCGGUAUUCCCAAGGUGACGCGGGCGAAUUUGUGCGAACGGGUGGCGAAUCGUCGCAUCGCGUUUGUGGGCGACUCGUUGAGUCAGAACAUGUUCGAGUCGCUGGCGUGCAUGGCGUACGCGUUUGAAGGCAUGCCAAUUGUGAAGCUGAACUCGUUAAGAGACCGCAUCUACUACUGGCCGAAAUGCAACUUCACCCUCGGGAUUCUCUUCCACCAGUUUCUGUCCCACGUGGCGUGGAACAAGAUACACGUGUCAGAUGGGGGAACCAUCCACGUGGACCAACCAGCCAAGGGAUGGAUGGACCAAUCUGCAAACUUUGACACUUUCGUUAUUAACUCGGGUCUCUGGUGGACCACCUCUCAGCUCGGCUUCUAUAACAUCACACUCGCCCCUCCUUACACUCACACGGACAUACUCACAGCCUACCACGCCGCACUCAACUCCACUUUAUCUGCAUUCCGAGAGGAAGCAUUCGCAGGCAAGCGCGUGAUAGUGACUACAACGAUGCCUUCGCAUAAGGACGCGAACCAGUCCUGCCCAUCCACUCUACCCAUUCAUCCCAGCAAUUCUGCUGGUUUGGAAGAUGUCAGGGCACGUCCUAUACAGGAACGAAAUGUGAUACUAACAGAAGCUGUGCAGCACUCAAUAGUGGAGCAAAAGAGAAGAUCAAGAAAAGAUGGAAGUACAGGCACAGGGAUGCAGCAGCAGCAGGGUAUGGUUGGAGCACGCAUAUCACUCUUAGACAUGCACAAUGUGACUCUAUCGAGACAGGAUGGUCACCCCGGGAGAUACACCCCAGGAAGUCACCCUGAUUGCAUACACUAUUGUUUACCAGGGGUCCCAGACUCUUGGAAUGAGCUGUUGCUCUGGCGAUUAGAAGCAGAGGGAGGAUGAUGUGCUUGUAUUCUUUUUAGUAACGUUGCAUUC